AUACAUCACUAUUAUUUUUCUUCCCCUAGUUACUAGUUAGUUUAUUCACAUCUGUAUCUCCCGAGAGACGCGGUCGCCGGGUAACUUCAACGUUAGCUUAAGUUAUUUCCAUUUGAGACGAGUUCACGGGUGGAGGAAACGAGGCAGGAUGUACCAUGAAGAAACCGCAGCGUUACACAGGCCACGCUAUGGAACCAUUCAGGAUGAUGAGAGGUUGUCAGCAGAAGAGAUGGAUGAGAGGAGGCGGCAGAACAUCGCCUACGAGUACCUGUGUCACCUAGAAGAAGCCAAACGAUGGAUGGAGGCCUGCUUAGAGGAGGACUUGCCGCCUACCACAGAACUGGAGGAAGGACUUAGGAAUGGGGUCUACCUUGGCAAGCUCGCCAAUUUUUUUGCACCAAAAAUGGUUUCAGAGAAAAGGAUCUAUGACCGAGAUCAGUCCCGUUAUAAGAGUAAAGGACUGCACUUCAGACACACUGACAACACAGUGCAGUGGCUCAGAGCCAUGGAGUCAGUGGGCCUCCCUAAGAUAUUCUAUCCUGAGACGACAGAUGUGUACGAUCGCAAAAACAUGCCCAAGGUGGUAUACUGCAUACAUGCAUUGAGCUUGUACUUGUACAAACUGGGAAUUGCACCACAGAUUCAAGACCUUCUAGGGAAAGUGGACUUCACAGAGGAAGAGAUCAGUAACAUGAGGAGUGAACUGGAAAAGUAUGGCAUUCAGAUGCCAGCUUUCAGUAAAAUUGGAGGUAUCCUGGCCAAUGAGCUGUCGGUUGAUGAAGCUGCCUUACAUGCUGCUGUGAUUGCCAUCAAUGAAGCGGUUGAUAGAGGUCAAGCAUCUGUCACAAUGGGAGCCAUGAACAAUCCUAACGCAAUGCUGAGGAACACACAGGAACCUCUGGCCCAAGAAUAUCAGGACACACUGAGUCAGACCAAGUCUCGCAAGCGGGAUCAGUCCUCAGGGAGGGUGAGAAGACAAACACUUCAGUGAUCUCUUGGAGCUUUUUCCUUUUUAUUUAGUAUUUUAGCUGCAGGGCUAGCUCUACACUGGAGUCUUAAUGCUUUAAAAUGUAGCUGCAUGCUAGAAUAGACUGGACUGCUGAGUCAUAAAACAAACAGGUUGUGCUGUAUCAGAGACUCAAUUCUGAUUGCUUACCAGCAUACACUGAGGCAAAGGAAAACUUUGGGAAAACGUCAUCUUGGGGGGGAUGAUGUUUUUUUUAUUAUUUUUUA